UGGCCGACGCUUCUUUCGCACCCACCACGACGGCAACACACACACGGCGACUGGGCUGCCCGUGCCUGCUUCCCCGGCUAUGCUGUUCUUAUAAUCGCCCUCUGCCCGCUCGGAAGCCCCGAUAUUGCGACACCCCCGUGGAAAGCACACACCAUGGCGUCGAGCUCCACCGAAACCACGCCGCUCAUCUCCUCCAUCGCCGGCUCGGCUGGGCCCCGUCCUGUCGCUCCCAAGCCGCAGAGGACCGUCACCUUCAAUCCCACCGUCCAGUCCAGCAGCCCCAAGCAGCAGCCACGCGCAGCACCCCCGUCGAGCCCUCAACCCGCCUCAAAUGCGCUCGCCCAGGGUGGGAAGCCGAUGAUGGCCUCCCUCAACAACCGACUGAGGAGAAGGAACAGUUCCGGCGCUGCCAUGCUCCCGCACCAGAACCCAGCCCCCAAGAUUGGCCCCCAGAGAACAACAAGGACGGCCCAGAAGCUGAAGCUCCUGCCGGAUCCAGAGCAUGCCGAAGAGGACGCAGACGAAGAGAGUGGCCGCGAUGUCUACGUGCAGUACACACGCAUCAAAGACCCCACCGCGAGAAGAGAUGCUGCCCGCCUGGGAAAGGCUGACCGCGAGCGACUGCCCAGAGUGACGGCCUACUGCACCGCCGCAUCCUACAAGAUGGACGAGCUGAUGCGCUUCCUCAAAGGAAAGGCACGUUUACGAGGCGCUCAGCCGAAGCGCUUCGACGAGUGUAUAUACUCACCGUACAACUACGGGACCAAAGGCCCAGAGAAGAUUGCGAGUACAAGCGCCGAGGAGCAACCACCAGAGCGCCAAAGGAGAUACUCCGAUAGCGCCAUUGAGGUCGAUGCCGAAAACGAACGAAGGAGAGAAGUUCUGAUAGACCUGCAAGAUAACAACGAUGCACCAUCAAUAGGACAUGGCGAAGGCUCCGAACAGCAAGAACGACCCGCGCCCAUGCAUGCAGACUCCGACCCCUCCAUGGACACCCAAGACUUCGACACAUUGGUGCACACCCCCGAAGUAUUCCUCUUCGAAUAUGGCACAGUAGUAACAUGGGGUAUGACGACUCAAGAAGAGAAACGCUUCCUCAAAGAGAUCGCCAAAUUCGAAGUCGACAAGCUCGGCAAAGACGAAAUCGAAACCGAGGAGUUCAACUUCUACUACACGCGCGAGUACCAGGCGCGCAUCUACAACGACUUCAUAUCGCUCCGCGACAAGAAAAACUACAUGAUCAAGCUCGCCAUCUCCCACGGCCUCUCGCAGUCCGUGAAGACGUCGCUGUUCGAGGACCUCGUUGACAACACCAUCGACGACACAAAGGACAUCCCCGCGCAGAUUGCGAGCUCCGGAAAAAUCAAUCUGAACAAGAAGCAGAUCAACAUGCAGAUCGGGCAGCUGUUCAUCCUAAGGAUAAGCAUACAUUUGCAGGGCAGCGUGCUAGACGCGCCAGAGCUCAUGUGGGCAGAGCCCCAGCUGGAUCCCGUGUACCAGGCUGUAAGAAGCUAUCUGGAGAUGGACCAGCGGGUGAGCCUGUUGACGGAGCGGCUGAACGUUAUCGGCGACCUGCUGGCCGUGCUGAAGGACCAAUUGACGGUCACGCAUGGCGAGCUCCUCGAGUGGAUCGUCAUCAUCCUCAUCUUCGCCGAGGUCCUGGUCGCGGGGAUCAACAUCAUCGUGGAUUUGAACGCUGCGGGCGAGUAGGAAUGAUGAGAAUGGUUCGGCAUCCGGGCGGCACCUUGUACAUACCCUUAUCCCUUUCUUUUGUACAAUUACAUCAACGCCUUGUGCAUGUGAGUGGUGAAGGCGGAGCGGAGCGGAAAGCGGAGCCUUGUAGCUUAUAAUUGAGGGUCCGCGGUCACGGGCUAUAUUUUGCAGCGAGCCCACGACUGCAGUGUACAC